CCGCCCCGCCCCGCGCGCCGACUAUCUCGCCGACGCCGGCAAACUCGACCGACCUCUUUUCGCUAGCUAACGUCGCAGCCGCGGCCGUUUCCCGCGAAACUGCGAUCUCGAUCCGCGGCGGCCGCACCGAACUUUGGAACUUUUCGGGGGACUUCUCGGGUGUGAUGCGGUGGGGCCCGCCGGGGCUAUGAGUUCUAGGGAUGACCUGAGCACGUAGGGGAUCGAGUGCGAUGCGGAGCCGGUGCGGGAGCAGGCGGGCCCGGGCGGCGUAGGCGGCGCGAUGGACUGCUGCGGGUACGGUUACCGCGGGCCGUACGGCUGGGAGGGCUACUGGCCAGCCGGCUACUGCGCGCCCGCGCACGAGCCCCCGCCCCCGCCCUACGCGCGCUACUACUACCCCCCGCACUAUCCUCACCACGCCGAACAUGCUAUGUCUAUGGAGUACGGCGCGUACGCGGUGAAGGAGAGUCGCGCGCGGCGGGUACUGUCGCGUAGAGAACGCGCCCACCUCGCCGCACAACAUGUGCCCCUGCCGCAUACGCCACCAUUAGAAUGCGGGAUGAACUCUCGAGGGCCUCCGUACUGCGAGCCUCCGAUGUGGCCUCACUUUCAGCAGGGUAUGUCGGGCGUGGGCGGCUGGAACGGCAUGGGCGGCGCCUGGGGCAGGUCCGCCUGCCGGGAACCGAUGCGCUACGCUCCCGACUGUCGCCUAUUGAAGGGUAAUAUGCACCCUCAAGCCUGCGCUCAGGACGGAGCUCCCCACUACAACUCUUACGACCUGCCGUACAACGGCGAGGCCAAGGUGAAGUGUGCGCCCGCGGAGCAGGCCCGGGUGCCCGACCCCGUCCGGCCGGCGCCCGACCGGGAAAGCCUCUACGAGCGCCCCCGGCCCCCGACUCCCGAGAAGCGGCCCCCCGUCGUGCCGCUGCCAGCCUUCCAGCAGGCCUUCGGCUCCACCGAGAUCGGCAAGUUCGCCGAGGCGUUCAGCCGCGCCGAUGCCGCGCACGACGCCGACGACGCCGAGACCUUCGCCUUCGACCCCUUCGACGACUGGGACGGCGCGCCCGAGCCGCAGUGGCUGCAGCCCCCGCCCCGGGAAAUCAAGUGCGAGGACAACUUCUGAUCGUGGAGUCGCGUCUAGUGCUAUUUUUGGGCGAUCCCGCCCCUAGUUAAUUAGUCGAAUCCUAGUUCCACCACCGCGUUGCCAAAAUGAGUGCUGACCUCGAGUGUGUAGCGAUGUCGUACUAGAAUGUGAUACGAAAUUUUUAAUGUUUACGAAGUCAUCUAGUAGUGGUGUGCGUUCGAAUUCAUAUAUUAUAUAUAAAGUAGAUCAAAUAUGAUUUCCCCUCGUUAGUUGUAGACGGACCUUCGGAGACGACGUCGACGCGGGCGGGAGCCAAAGGACCCGUCGAUAUUGAGUUAAAACAGAGUAAAACACGAUUUAAUGUGCCUUUAAUCGGAAAAUCAGUCGCAGCGCGCGGCGCUCUCUGCUCUACGCCGCUUUGUAUAUCGAUAUCAUAACUACAAUAGCAAUAUAGGGACCAACGUUUAGACAAAUAUACACAACCCUGUCGCGUGCACGACCUACACGCAGCGAGCUCAACGAAAACGUGUAUAAACAGGAGAUUUAUUGAAAAUUGUAGUGCGAUUAAACGUAGCUAGAAACGAAUAAAAUAGAGCAGAAAAAUUAAACCAUUCUCUUUAGUUCCAGAAAGAUCUCGGAAAUUUAUCAUAAACGACGUCGAAUAUGAGUCGGUUAAAAGUAUAAUUGAAUAACGAUAAGUCUAUUUUAAAUUAAGGUUAUUAGAAUGGUGGCUAUUAAUAAGAGUAUUGGCUAACUAAUAAUUAUAUUAAAUGUAACUAUAGUGUGAGGUAUUACAGUCGCAGAACUCGUAUGUAACUCGUCUGUAAGGGUAUAUCAAAGCCGACCGUACCAGAGACGCCGCGCGAACAUAACUUUAACCCUUAAAAUUUUAAUGAGCGUUGAGAGAGUCCUGUAAGUAUACUUAGGUAGUUAAAUUUAUAAAGAGAUUACCUAUGAAAUAAAGGCAUUUUAAUUAAAUAAUAAUUAGGGGGUCCAAUAAUAAGAAUAAUACAAAUAGAAGAAUAUUCUGGUAUCUUCUAUAAACAUACAAUUUUACUUUUCAAAAAUUUUAGACGCAUUCUCUUUUUAUGAUUGGACCUACUUUACGACAGUUUAAUUAAAAAAAUCGUUUAUCUUGUAAAAAUUUAUAUUAUA